AUGGGGCUGGACAUUUCCAACAUGCUCACCCCUAGUUGUGCUCCGUUCUACAGCAUCGUCCCGGGAAAUGUGGCCACACCACUCGGUUCAAUGGUCCUGCCAGUUACCUUUGGGACAAAGGAGAACUACCGCAUAGAGUAUAUCAAGUUCGAGGUGGCUGACUUCGGGUCGUCAUACCAAGCCAUCCUCGGUAGACUAGCACUACCCAAGUUCAUGGUUGUGUCCCACUACGUCUACCUGCUACUCAAGAUGCCAGGCAAGACAGGCAUACUCACGUUCCGCGGUGACUUGAAGAAGUCGUACGACUGCGACUAG